UCCCGCUUGAGUGCGGAAAAAGUCUGCGAAAUGUCAUCGAUCCGUAGUAGUUCUCCUUCAGUGAGAUAUCACAUAAAUGCUGUGCGAGUGGAGCAGGAGUGCCAUAGAGAGUUGUUGAAUGAUCUGGCCAAGAAACUGGACACUUGCCUGUCCAAAACUGGGCCGGAGACAAUGCCUUACGGGAAAAGCUGCGCCAAGCCCACGAUCUUGGCGCAGAGCAGCGAAAUCAUGUCGAUCGUGGUGCCCACGUACAGUGAUCACCCCUUUAUGGUGGCCUGCGACCAGCUGUCUCACGGAGGCGGCUGGACCAUCUUCCUGCGGCGUACUGACGGCAGCGAGGACUUCAACCGGGAUUGGAUUGACUACAAGCACGGUUUUGGCAAGUUGCAAAAUGAGUUCUUCCUGGGCCUCGACAAACUGCACGCCAUGACCUCAGCUGAGGCCCAGGAACUACUCGUGCUCUUGGAGGACCAUGGGGCAGAGCGGCGAUACCAGAUGUACGACAACUUCCGAAUCGGAUCAGAGAAAGAGGCAUAUGCCCUGGAAUCGCUGGGCCUUACCUCUGGGAAUGCUGGCGAGGCUCUCGCCUUACAUCUGGGCCAAAAGUUCACCACACGGGAUCGCGAUAAUGAUCGACAUGGGGACAACUGUGCAGUCACUUACUCCAGUGCUUGGUGGUACAAUUCGUGUCAUGACAGCCAUCUGGCUGGAAAUUAUGGCGAUAACUCCUCUGGAAAGGGCAUCCUCUGGGCUACGUUUAAGGGUCACAACUACUCGCUGAAAGGCGCUCAGAUGAUGAUAAGACCGAGGAGACAGGAAACAACCAGUCCUGACGUUGGGAUUUAAGGCGCGCCCUAAAUUAUACAUCAAAUAUAAGACCAAUUAGCCAUA